UCUAGCCUAUGGAGCGGUCGCUCUUAGCUGUCGUCAGCCCCACGACAGAAGGCUCACAACCGCAGCGCCUUAGUCCGGCCGUGGGACUGGUGCGAGCAUCAUCCGUGCUGCCCUAGGUGCUGGGAGUAGGGGCUUGCGGACCCUCCGAGUCACUUUCGACCCUUGGUUUCCCGAACUGUCGCGCUAUCGAGGACCGGCCAGCGACCGGCGGUCUACCCCACAGUCUGGCGCGUGGCCAAGUCUAUGUGGUCCUCUAGUUAAUCAUCUUUGGUCCCACCACACGCACCGAGCCUGUGAUGUCGUCCACACGCUGCCCGCUGUGGCUGGGUCUCUUUUCACCCUUCACCUCUCUCCUUCGAUACCCGGUCCUCUAGUCCCUCCCUUGCUCUCCUCGGGGGUAGGGGUGUUACUCCUCGGCUAUAACCAUCUCCUCUUCCCUCACUCCUCUUGAUCGAGACCCCUUCUAGGCUGGGAUCUUUUCUGUGCCUCUACACCGCGUUCUUUAUCUUACCCCCUUGCCUACAUCACUCCGCUCGGGUGAGGCCCACCCUCUAGCUGGUCACAUUUCCCUGUCGCUUGCCUCCUUCUUCUCUGUUCUGCUUUGCUCUUGUGCCACUUUCUUAGCUGUCCCACCAGUCUCAGCUGUCCCACCUCCCUGAACUGUCAGCCACUUUACACUUCUGGUCUCCUCCCCUAACUCCACCUCCCAACCCCAGACGGCCGUCCCCACGUGGCCGCUUGAUCCCUGACUGUGCUGCUCAACUCCCCACCCCCCACCCCAACCCCGGGCAGCAGUUGUGGGUUCCCCUUAGACCACGUGAGGGCUGUUUACAGGAGACGGAAGCACACAGAGAAAGCAGACGCUUCUGGAAAACAACUUGUUUUGGAGCACAGAGUUCUGAAGUCUCUUCCAAUAAGAGCGUUUGUGUGGAAAGGAGCUGGCAAGACUGGAACUACAGCUGUCCUGCUGUAAAGGUUCGGGUACAGCAGUUUGUCUCAGCCUGUCUCCUUUUCGCCCUCCACAUUGCUUUGCUUUCAGUCAUGCAGAAUGAGGAAGAUGCCUGCCUUGAGAUGGAUCUUUCCUUGGGGCUUCUUUUUUGUCCAGCGUCCUUUUUUGCUUUGAAGACUGCAUUUCACUGGUUGCUUAGGCCGGGCUUGAACUCCUAGGCUGGCUACUGUUUGGGUACCACCCUGAGCUCCUGGAGGCUGCAUUUCAUGGAGGAGCAGUCCCAGUCCACCAUGCUGAUGGGGAUUGGAAUUGGCGCCCUCCUUACCCUAGCCUUCGUUGGUAUUACCUUCUUUUUUGUAUACAGAAGAGUGAGAAGAUUACGACGGGCAGAACCCACUCCUCAGUACAGGUUCCGGAAGAGAGACAAAGUAAUGUUUUAUGGCCGGAAGAUCAUGAGGAAGGUGACCACACUCCCCCAUACCUUGGUUGGGAAUACCUCUGCACCCCGGCAGCGAGUCAGGAAGAGGACCAAAGUGCUGUCUUUAGCCAAGAGGAUUCUGCGCUUUAAGAAAGAGUAUCCCACUUUGCAGCCAAAAGAGCCUCCGCCCUCCCUGCUUGAGGCUGAUCUUACAGAGUUUGAUGUGAAGAACUCUCAUCUGCCAUCAGAAGUCUUGUACAUGUUGAAAAAUGUUCGGGUUCUAGGCCACUUUGAGAAGCCACUAUUUCUGGAACUUUGCAAACAUAUGGUCUUUGUGCAGCUACAAGAAGGGGAGCACGUAUUCCAACCUGGGGAGCCUGACAUCAGCAUCUAUGUGGUUCAGGACGGACGGCUGGAGGUCUGCAUCCAAGACGCUGUGACACAGGAUGGCACCGAAGUGGUGGUCAAAGAGGUCCUGCCAGGGGACAGUGUCCACAGUCUCCUCAGCAUUUUGGAUGUGAUCACCGGUCACACUGCACCAUACAAAACAGUUUCUGCCCGUGCCGCUGUCUCGUCCACCGUGCUCUGGCUUCCUGCAGCAGCUUUUCAAGGAGUGUUUGAGAAAUACCCUGAAACUCUGGUCAGGGUUGUGCAGAUCAUCAUGGUCCGGCUGCAGCGGGUGACUUUCCUGGCUCUGCACAACUACCUGGGGCUGACUACAGAGCUCUUCAACCCUGAGAGCCAGGCCAUCCCUCUCUUGUCAGUAGCAAGUGUGGCUGGACGAGCCAAGAGACAGAUGUCAUAUGGUCCAGAGGAGCAGCUUGAGAGGUCCCUACGGCCCUCGGAGUUCAGCAGCUCAGAUCAUGGGAGCAGCUGUGUGACAGUCUCUGGGCCUCUGCUGAAGAGGAGCUGCUCAGUGCCUCUGCCUUCUAACCAUGGGGAGGUGGAUGAGCUCAGACAGUCCCAGGGAAGUGGCUCUAACACUUCUGCCUUCCAAGAAAGCCAUGAGGGAGCCACCUCAGACCUGGGGAUGGCAUACAACCGUGCCAGGAUUUUGCCACACUCUGAUGAGCAACUUGGGAACUCUUUGGCCAGCAAGUCCAAGAAAAGUGUUGUCGCAGAGACCCCCUCUGCCAUCUUCCACUACUCAGAAAAUUUCAGGGAUGAGACUGGGGCCUGUGGGAAGACAGAUGCUAUCUUCAGAGCUGCCACAAAGGACCUCCUUACCCUGAUGAAGCUAGAUGACCCAUCCCUGUUGGAUGGCCGGGUGGCAUUUCUUCAUGUUCCUGCAGGCACCUUAGUGUCAAAACAGGGAGAUCAGGAUGUCAAUAUUUUGUUUGUGGUCUCGGGGAUGCUGCAUGUGUACCAGCAAAAGAUUGACAGCUUGGAGGAUACUUGCCUGUUCCUCACACAUCCCGGGGAGAUGGUGGGUCAGCUGGCGGUGCUCACUGGAGAACCCCUAAUGUUCACCAUCAGAGCCAACCGAGACUGCAGCUUUUUGUCCAUCUCGAAGGCCCACUUCUAUGAGAUCAUGAGGAAACGGCCGGAUGUUGUCCUGGGCGUGGCACACACAGUUGUGAAGAGGAUGUCAUCCUUUGUACGGCAGAUUGAUUUUGCUCUAGACUGGAUGGAAGUAGAGGCUGGACGUGCCAUAUACAGGCAAGGAGACAAGUCUGACUGCACAUACAUCGUUCUCAGUGGCAGGCUGCGUUCUGUCAUCCGAAAAGAUGAUGGGAAAAAACGCCUGGCAGGGGAAUAUGGCCGAGGAGACCUUGUUGGUGUGGUGGAGACGCUGACCCACCAGGCCAGAGCAACCACAGUGCAUGCUGUCCGGGACUCAGAACUGGCUAAGCUGCCAGCAGGAGCUCUGACGUCUAUCAAGCGCAGGUACCCACAGGUUGUAACGCGACUGAUUCAUCUCUUGGGCGAGAAGAUCUUAGGCAGUCUCCAGCAGGGAUCUGCAACAGGUCACCAGCUUGGAUUUAACACAGCAAGCAGCAAAUGGGACUUGGGGAACCCGCCUGGCAAUCUGUCCACAGUGGCAGCACUGCCUGCUUCUGAGGAUGUGCCCCUAACCGCCUUUGCUCUGGAGCUCCAACAUGCCCUCAGUGCCAUCGGUAAGCCACAGACAUGUCCUGAAGGUCCUGUCCUGCUGCUGACCAGUGACAACAUCAAACAACGCCUGGGUUCCGCUGCUCUAGACAGCAUCCAUGAGUACCGGCUCUCCAGUUGGCUGGGCCAGCAGGAGGACAUCCACCGGAUUGUGCUGUAUCAGGCAGACGGCACACUCACACCGUGGACCCAGCGCUGCAUCCGGCAGGCUGACUGCAUCCUCAUCGUGGGCUUGGGUGAGCAAGAGCCAGCAGUAGGUGAGCUGGAGCAGAUGUUGGAGAGCACAGCUGUGCGUGCCCAGAAGCAGCUAAUCUUGCUGCACAAAGAGGACGGUCCAGUGCCUUCCCGCACAGUGGAGUGGCUCAACAUGCGAAGUUGGUGUUCUGGCCAUUUGCACCUCUGCUGCCCACGCCGUGUCUUCUCCAAGAGAAGCUUGCCCAAGCUGGUCGAGAUGUACACACGUGUUUUCCAACGACCACCAGACCGUCAUUCUGAUUUUUCCCGCCUGGCACGGAUGCUGACAGGCAAUGCCAUUGCCUUGGUGCUUGGAGGGGGUGGAGCUAGAGGGUGUGCCCAGGUGGGCAUCCUCAGGGCACUAGCAGAGUGUGGCGUCCCCGUGGACAUAAUCGGAGGCACAUCCAUCGGGGCUUUCAUGGGUGCUCUGUUUGCUGAGGAGCGGAGCUACAGCCAAACACGGAUCCGGGCCAAGCAGUGGGCAGAGGGUAUGACAUCAAUGAUGAAGACUAUACUGGACCUGACCUACCCAAUCACAUCCAUGUUCUCUGGCACUGGCUUCAAUAGCAGCAUCAGCAACAUCUUCAAAGACCGGCAGAUUGAGGACCUGUGGCUCCCCUACUUUGCCAUCACCACCGACAUCACGGCCUCUGCCAUGCGGGUUCACACAGAUGGCUCUCUGUGGAGGUAUGUCCGUGCAAGCAUGUCCUUGUCAGGCUAUAUGCCCCCACUCUGCGACCCCAAGGAUGGACACCUGCUGAUGGAUGGUGGUUACAUCAACAACCUCCCAGCGGAUGUGGCAAGAUCCAUGGGGGCAAAGGUUGUGAUUGCCAUCGAUGUUGGCAGCCGGGACGAGACAGACCUCACCAACUAUGGCGAUGCCUUGUCUGGAUGGUGGCUGCUUUGGAAACGCUGGAACCCCUUGGCUACAAAAGUCAAGGUGUUGAACAUGGCAGAGAUUCAGACUCGACUGGCCUAUGUGUGCUGCGUCCGGCAGCUGGAGAUGGUGAAGAACAGCGACUACUGUGAGUACCUGAGGCCUCCCAUCGACAGUUACCGCACCCUGGACUUCGGCAAAUUUGAUGAGAUCUGUGAAGUUGGGUAUCAACAUGGGCGGACAGUGUUUGACAUCUGGGUCCGGAGUGGUGUCCUAGAGAAGAUGUUGCAGGACCAGCAGGGGACAAGCAAGAGGAAGGACUGUGGGGUGUUCACCUGCCCCAAUUCCUCCUUCACGGACCUUGCUGAGAUUGUGUCACGGAUUGAGCCGGCCAAGGUGGCUGCAGUGGAUGCCUUGCUUGGCACAGCCACUGUCCUUGGAGAGAGGACCAAUGGAGCCCUCUCUUCUGCUCUAGAUGAGUCUGACUAUCAGACCGAGUAUGAGGAGGAACUGCCAGCCAUCCCCAAGGAAACGUAUGCUGACUUCCAGAGCACUGGGAUUGAGCUAGACUCUGACUCGGAAUAUGAGCCUUCGAUGUUGCAAGGACCCCCCAGCUUGACUUCCCCAGAACAGUCCCAGGACUCCUUCCCUUGGCUCCCUAAUCAAGAUGACCAGGGGCCAAGACUGGAACAUCCUUCCUGACUGGAUAAAUAAAUAAAACACCUGGGCCUCACCCUUAGACUGAGGCUGCACCCAUUCCUUAGAGGCUACUUCAGUUGCCUGACAAGAUCAAACUGGAUGAUAUAGCCAUCUGGCUUCUUCCAGAGACAUGGGCUGUGUUAUUGGAGUCGUGGGCCUCUUCACUUCCCCGGCACCCUUGUAUCCCCACAGCAGUACUGAGGAGCACGGACGCCUCUGUGAGGCAUGGGAAGGUGGGAUUGUUGAACUAAUAAACGUUAAUCUGAU